AUUUAUUAAGUAUAUAUGAAUACGAACACAUGCAUGCAUUUUUUUAAAAAUACUGUAUGUGUAUUUAUAUAUACAUAAACAGUUAUGUAUUGCCUAUUAUGUAAGCAAAAGCCUAUUUUUGAUGAGAUUAAUUUUUGAUAAUUGUUUGAUAGCACAAAUUAUAUAUAUAUAGGAUUCCAUUUUUAUUUUUCUGGUUCUUUUUGAUCACACUACUUGUCAUAUUAGUACAUUUCUUUUCUCGUGACCUAAAAUGACAAAUGGUUAAUUAUACUGAAGAACGAGAAACACUAUUUUUCUUCGGUCUAGCUUUACUACAAGAUUUGUUGCUUCGUAAUCCGUUUCAGAGAUGCACGUUUAAGCUGUAUGCUUCUCCCAUUAUUGUUCCCUUCUGGAAGAGACAUAAAUUGCAAGUAAUUUGUAGGCAGAGCCCAGCAGAUAUUUCUAUAUGUAGUGUCAGCAGGGAAACCCCAUCAGCCGCUCACUGUUCAUUCAUACAAAACGAUUAGCUGGUGUAUUUGAGACGCUUCGUUGCUGAAGGUGUAAACAUAUCAAUACUUUCCAGCCUCUUCUUUUCAUUAGUUAGCUAUUAAAAGUGCACACGGAUGGAAAUUUCCCUUCAGCGGCUCUUAAAAGCAUCCUAGCUUUCAGAUGCAAGCGUAGCCAGCCAGUGUAGUCUCCGAACGUCAUAGCAGUAAAGCAGCCUUAUUAUUUUUAAAGGGAGGGUUAACUAAUCGCUCGGAAAGGUUCGUGGUCCGGCCCCGUUGUGAAUCAAUGGGACUUGACCUAUAGCUGAAGACUAAUUCAUUCAACAUUCCCCCACCCUGAUGAUUAUAAAUAUCAAGGACAGUCUUCACAGUCUUCACUUUUGAUCUUACCUCUGAGACCCAACAGCCGAAGAGAACGAAGAGACACUAUGAAAGAUUUAAGGACUCUUGCGGCUUACGCACUCGCGCUUUUACUUCUGGCAACAUUUGUGUCCCAUUCAUGGAGUGCACCCAAGGGCAGUUUCCAGCGUCGGAACUGGACACCCCAAGCCAUGUUAUAUUUGAAGGGCACACAGGGACGGCGCUUUGUGUCUGAAGACAGAAACGAAGGGGACUUGUAUGACACUAUACGCUUAGAGUCACGCAGCCAAAACACAGAAAACCUGAGCAUCUCUAAAGCGGCUGCAUUUCUCUUAAAUGUUCUCCAGCAAGCCAGAGACGAGGGUGAGCCUUACUGAAACCGGCUCGGAGAGCACCAACAACCCACUCUUUUCAUCUGAAUACUUCCAGUUUUGUGAGCCAUGUGGAAUUUCAUGUUUUCAAGUUCAUCCUCCGCUGCAGCGAUGCCCCGUGUUUGACAUCUCUGAAGGUUUAUCACUCACUGUUCCACACUAUUACCGCUAGAUCUGAGUAAUGUAGAGAUCGGUGUGUCUCCAGAUUGUUUAUAUGAUUCCACUCGGACCGAUUAUUGAAAUAACAAAGGCUGACAGUAAGGUAUUUUUUAAUUUCUUUAUUUCUUUCAGGCGAAAGUAUUAAUAAAAGUGAAUAAUGGUUGUUUUUUCAAGACAUAUCUUGGAAAAGAGUAUUUAUGAUGAUUAAAAUUAUGUGUAAUAUAAAGUUAACUGUACAGAUUUUUGUCCUAUUCAUUUUCUCAUGUUAAAUCGACAUGUGAAUUGACUGGUCUGUAAAAUACAUAUUUGCGAAUGUGUGAACAUUUUCUCAAUUAAUUAAACUGAAUUUGCACUGAUAA